UCCAUUUUUGAGAGCAAAUUUUUCGCUUAUUCUCUAAUUACCGGAUCCGGUCCGGGUUGUACGGGAAAGAACCUAUUUUGGACAAUUUUCAAUACGAGAUCACUCCUAUUUAUUUUCAUAUCCUGUUUCCUGGAUCAACAGCUAUUUCCUUAAGCCACCAUCAUUUAUGUCACCACUCGAUUCUCAAUUAUGCGAUUGAAUGAAAACACAAAAAUUGUGGGCAAAAAGGUCAUAUUAGUUCCAUACUGUGAAGAACAUGUGCAAAAAUAUCAUGAAUGGAUGAAAUCACCAGAACUGCAGGAAUUGACAGCUUCCGAACCUCUCACGCUUGAAGAAGAAUAUGCGAUGCAACGCUGCUGGCGCGAAGAUGAGGACAAAUGUACAUUUCUUGUAUUAUGUCGAUCGGCUUAUGAACAAACCGGCAACGAGAUAGAUGCUUUGGUUGGUGAUACAAACCUUUUCUUGAGAGUAAACGAUGAAGGUGAAGACAAGGAUGGGAAACGUUCACAAGUGGCUGAAGCUGAAAUUAUGAUAGCUGAACUAGAAGUUCGUGGAAAGGGCUACGGAUGGGAAGCAAUGCUAUUGCUGAUAAAAUAUGCACAACAAAAUUUACAAAUAAAAAAAUUUGAAGCGAAAAUUGGUGUAAAAAAUGAAAAAUCUUUGCGCAUGUUUAAUAAAAUGCAAUUUAUGGAAAUUGCACGAUCAUCGGUAUUUAAUGAAGUCACCUUGGAGCGAAUAGUUGAUGGGGAAUGGAUUAAAUGGUUGGACGCACAAGUGACGCUCCAUUGUGAGAAGUAUAGAUAAACUAAAAAUAUGCAUUUGGCGCACUGUAAUAGGAUGUAAGUUUAAAAGAUACCCUGUGCUCUGAAGUGCAUCAAGCCAAAGCAUCGGUCUGUUUUAUUCCUAACCUAUAAAAGUCCGAUAUGCGCAACCAUGGUUAAAUGCCGAAUUGGAUCUUAGUUCCGCAAAUAAGGCUUUUAAAAGAGAUUGAUGCUUUGGCUUGAUGCAUUUCUGAGCACAGCUAUUGAUAUAGAAAAUGUAAGAUCUUUAAUUAAAUGUGUACUACUAAAUGAUCCAUGUAUUUUGAAUGGGUUUCCGACAUCCCUUAAUUCCCUGUCGGAAAAAUCAACCAAUUCUGAUAAAUGAAUAUAAAAUUUGGGAUUUACUGCAAUAAACUU